AUGGAUCUCGAAACGGCCGAUGUCGAUACCCUCAAAACCAUGAUUGAGCUUUCUCUACAGGACCUCAAUGAGCUUCAAACAACCACCACUGGAAAAGGAAAACGCCGUGAUGGAGAACAGACAGACCUUGAGGUUGCCAUUGCCACCUACAUUGUAGAGCUUUCCGGCUUCAAUCAGCUCCUCCUCGACCGCACCAUGUGCGCCAGUAUUGCCGACGCUGUUCGCCAAGAUGCAGCCGCCAUUUCGGAAUUUGUCCGGACUGAGGAGCAGGCAAGGAACGACCACCACAUGGCCUCUGCGUUGAACGAAGAAGCAGACAAUGGUGCUCAACCGGAGGUUCGACCUUCCAAACCGACAGAUGGUUUCACUGAAAGCCAGGACGAUGAUUUCCUUGACAAGUUGAGCGCCAUAUACAUCUCCGACCCAGAGAAGGAGGGCGCAGCUGAGUCCUCUGCAUGGGCUGCUAGUCGCCCGCGCACAACAUCUCCAUGCCCCGGACCCAAGGUCGUUGCGGCCAUGAGAGAAUGCGUGAUAUGCACAGAUCAAUAUCGCUUCUUCGAGGUGGCCACGUUUCCGUGUCAGCACCAUAUGUGCCAGACAUGUCUAACCAAGCUCUUUACGGAUCUAUUGAAGGAUCAGACGCUGUUUCCACCUAGAUGCUGUCACCAGCCAAUCUCUUUGGAUAAGUGCCGCUUCCUGUUGGAACCGGAGCUGGUCGGAAGGUUUUUGGCAAAGAAACUCGAGUAUGAAACUGUUAAUCAGACGUACUGCUCACGGCCGACUUGCUCGCUGUUCAUACCGCAACAGGCUAUCACAUUGGAUGUCGGCACUUGUGUCAAGUGCCGGCAAAGGACCUGCGUGGUCUGUAAAGGCCAAGCACAUGUUGGUACAGACUGCCCUGAAGAUUCGGCAACAAAGGAAGUGCUUCAGUUGGCGGGGACAGAAGGAUGGAUGAGAUGCUAUUCCUGUAAAAGGAUGGUGGACUUGGUGCAAGGCUGCAACCACAUCACUUGUCCCUGUGGCGCUCAGUUCUGCUAUGCAUGUGGUCAAGCUUGGAAAAAGUGUAAUUGCGAGGUGUGGAGCGAAGAAAUGCUCGCGGCUCAAGCUAACAGGCACGUCAAUCGUGAUGCGGGAGGUAGACGACUCCCAGAGCCAGUGAGGCAGCAGCGAGUAGCGGCAGCGGCGCGACACUUGAUUGUAAAUCACCAGUGCCAUCACCGAGAUUGGGGCAUGCUUGAAGGGCAGCACCAGUGCGAGCUGUGCCGGGACUUUUUGCCAGCCUACCUUUAUGAAUGUCGGCAAUGUAGACUGGCUGUCUGUAGGAGCUGUCGUUUCCAACGACUAUAA